CUUUAAUUCUGGUGGAGUGUGGGGAUCCAAAAGGCGCAGGAGAGGCGUCGUGUGCAGAUCUGCCGAGCAAACUGGCGUUCUCUGGCAAUUCCACGUCAAAUCGGUCGCUGCUGCAUGGAUUCGUCAGCUGCUGACAGCCCAGCGAGCCCGUCAGUCAUCUGAAGCGCGUCGGCGGCCCUGAUCUUCGGGAAUCUGAUGAUGGCCAAGAGUCGCGAGGAGCGCGCGGCUGAGCUGCGUGCCGCCCGAAAGAGGGUGACACUGUUCCAGCAGCCCAUCAGGACGGUGGCCAACUUCAGCGUGAUGAUGCACCGGUUCACCCACUGGCUGGCCGUGUACAUCUCGACCCACCCCUUCACGGUGCGGCUGCUGGUGCCGUUUGUGGUCUUGUGGGUGGUGCUGCGGUUCAUCCCCGGGCCGCAUGUGCCCUACAUGGACGAGAUAUGGCUCAUGUUUCGGCUCGUCGUCUGGUGGGUGGGGCUCGGCAUCCUCUCGUCCGUCGGGCUCGGCACCGGAAUGCACUCAGGUCGGUCGGGGUGGGGGGGGUGGGGUGGGAGGGAGGGAGGGAGGGAUGGACGCAUCGAUCGAUCAUCUGUCUGUCUGUCUGUCCAUUGCAUUGUGUGUGUGUGUGUGUGUGUGUGUGUGGUUGACUGGUUCGAUUGGUUCGAUUCACUCACUCAGGUAUUCUGUUUCUGUUUCCGCACGUGUACAUCAUCUGCACGACCUCUGAGGAGUGCAACAAUUUGAACUUCGACUCGCGGGUCAACAUGUGGGAGGGGCACCUGGAGCCCGGCCAGAACUUCCCCUGCCUCCAGCCCAGCCCAACCGGCACAUUCACAGACAACGUGACACUCUGGGGGCUCUUCCUCAAGUGCUGGUUCUACUGCUUCCUCUGGGGCUGGGGGACCGCCAUUGGCGAGCUGCCGCCCUAUGCCGCCUCCUAUGCGGCCGCAAAGGUGACUGACUGACAAGCCAAGCAGGGGGGGUGGGUGGGUGGCGGGCGAUGUGACAAAGGGUGUUCUGUUGAUGUGUGCGCCUUGGUGUGUGUCAGUCUCGUGAGGCUGACGAGGAGUUUGAAGAGCUGCAGCACCAAAUCGAAUCGGGCACACAGUACGUACGCACAGAUGAUGAUAACACGACACAGCUCUGCACUGCACACAACCAUGGCAUGGCAAGUGGCUUCUGUGUGUGUGUCUAGUGACUGGCUGACGUCAUCGAAGCGUUGGAUGAUCAACUACCUCCAGAAGCACGGCUUCCUCGGCGUCCUCCUCCUCUCAUCAUGGCCAAAUGGUGCGAUGUGCACACGAACACACAAACCACCCCACCCACCAUGCCAGCGAAUCGCCCGUCUGUCUGUCUAUCUGUGUGUCUAUCUGUGUGUGCGAUUGAUAGCAUUGUUUGACCUGUGCGGCAUCUGCUGCGGGCACUUCCUGAUGCCGUUUUGGAACUUCUUCAUCGCCGUGUCGAUCGGCAAGGGCGUCAUCAAGGUCACAGGGCAGCUCGCCUUCUUCCUAUUCCUCUUCAGCAAACUCUUCGUUGAGGUAGGUACACCCACACGCACACACACAGCCCACGCGCAGCCACGGGUAUGUCUCCCUUGUUACAUCAGAGCCGUAAGGCGGCGCUUCACUUCUUCGCCCCGAUAGUCGAGCGUGUGAGCUUCGGCUCCAUCACACACAGCAAGUUCGUCCACAAGGUGAAUGAGGCCAUCCACAAGGUGUCCCGCGGCAGGGGCCAGGCCGGGGCAGCGGCAGGGGGCGAGGAAGACGACGGGCGGGUGACCCUUGCCACGCUUUUCGGCUACCUCAUCCUCGUGCUAAUCCUCUACUUCGUCAUGUCGUGCUUCAACCAAUUCGCCCAGCAGAGACAAAAGGUCAGCCAACAGGGGAGAGCGGGGAGUGAGGGAGAGAGACAGAGCGAGAGAUGUGUGUGUGGAUGGGAUGGACAGGAGUUGGAUGACGAGGAGUUGAACAAGACGUACGGCAAGGUGGCCCCGUCAGACGCCGCCACCAACACCACUGCGUCGAGCGAGAAGCCGCCAGGCAGCCCCUACAACCUCAGAACACGGCCUCAAAAGGCGGAGUGAUUGAGUGAUCCAUGGUCCUUCUCCGCCCAGCACCACACCACC